CGACCUCACAUGGCCUCAUCAAGAUGGCCGCCGUCAACGUCAUAUUUAGACCCCUCACCAAGAUGACCGCCCUUCCGCCCGCCCCAUCGACCGCAUGAAAAUGGCGGCGGAGAACAAGCGGCUGUUGGUGACGUCGCUCCGGACGGAUGGAGCUGAGGUUUUUGUAGCCGUUGCUGUGGACAGGGAGACCGAGGACGUGAGCGGCCAUUGAGGGCGGCGAGGGUGCCGGAGAGCCCCCACCCCCCCAACUGCUCGGUGUGCGGGCUGAGCUUCGAGGGGCUGAGCUUCGAUGGAGGACCACAUGACGGGGCACAACAAGGAGAAGCGUUAUGAGUGCGACGUGUGUGGCAAGGCCUGGCGGUACCCGAGCCAGCUGGAGAUCCACCGGCGGAUGCACACGGGAGAACGCCCCUUCGCCUGCUCCACCUGCGGCAAGAGCUUCACCAGCUACGACAACCUGCAGCAGCACAACCGUGUGCACUCUGGUGAGAGGCCCUUCACCUGCUCCGACUGCGGCAAGAGCUUCAUCCGCUACGCUAACCUGCAGCAGCACAACCGGGUGCACACUGGAGAACGCCCCUUCAACUGCUCUGACUGCGGCAAGAGCUUCAAGACAGUGCCAAACCUGACGAAACACCGGUGGUUACACACGGGCGAGAAGCCCUAUGGCUGCUCCACCUGCGGCAAGAGCUUUGCCAGCUACGACAACCUGCAACAGCACAACCGCGUGCACACGGGAGAAAGCCCCUUCACCUGCUCCACCUGCGACAAGAGCUUUGCCAGCUACGACAAGCUGCAACAGCACAACCGCGUGCACCCUGGUGAGAGGCCCUUCACCUGCUCCGACUGCGGCAAGAGCUUCACCAGCUACGCCAGCCUACAGAAGCACAACCACGUGCACUCGGGAGAACGCCCCUUCGACUGCUCCGACUGCGGCAAGAGCUUUGCCUGGAUGUCGGGGCUACGGCAUCACCGGCGGGUGCACAGCAGUGAGCGGCCCUUCACCUGCUCCGACUGUGGCAAAGGCUUCAAAUCGUCGCCAGAGCUGAAGAGACACAGGCUCGUGCACACUGGGGAGCGCCCCUACACCUGCACCCAAUGUGGCAAGGGCUACACCCAUUCCAGCAACCUGCUGUCCCACCAGCGCACGCACACCGGCGAGCGUCCCUUCACCUGCACCCAGUGCGGCAAGGGCUUCACCUGCUCCAGCAACCUGCUGUCCCACCAGCGCACCCACACCGGCGAGCGCCCCUUCACCUGCGCACAGUGCGGCAAGGGCUACACCCAUUCCAGCACCCUGCUGGUGCACCAGCGCACCCACACCGGCGAGCGCCCCUACACCUGCGCCCAGUGCGGCAAGGGCUUCAUCCGCUCCUCCAAGCUGCUGGAGCACCAGCGAACCCACACCGGCGACCGUCCCUUCACCUGCGCCCAGUGCGGCAAGGGUUUCACCCGGUCCUCCUAUCUGCUGUCCCACCAGCGGGUUCACGCCGGCGACCGUCCCAUCCCCAAAGUCUGAAGAGCGCUUUGCCAUGGCCUCCCAUGCCCUGUCUCACCAGCGCCAGCGCAUGCACACCAGUGGCCAGCCCUAUGACUGCCCGUUCUGCGGUGAGGAGUUUGACAGCUCGCGGGGGUUUCGGCAACACCAGCAGACCCACGUCGGCGAGCAGCUGCUCCCACUGUGACAAGAGAGCACGGGGGCUGCGGGAGCACCAGCGGAUAUACACCGGAGAGGGACCUUAUGUGCGCGCUGAGUGUCAAGUCACGCUUAUUCGUCACAUACACAUACGAGAUGUGCAGUGAAAUGAAAAGUGGCAAUGCUCGCGGACUUUGUGCAAAAAGACAAACAAAUAACCAAACAAACUACAAACAGAAUGGAACAGAAUCACAUAUUCUUUUACAUAUUGUACGC